UAAACACACUUCUGUUCUCUUCAGAGAGUGAUCGAGUCCCUGGAGGAUGAGAAGGAGGCCCUCACCUUGGCCAUGGCUGAGCGACUGCAGGACUAUCAGGAGCUUCUGCAGGUGAAGACCGGCCUUAGCCUGGAGGUGGCGACCUACAGGGCCUUAUUAGAAGGAGAAAGCAAUCCAGAGAUAGUAAUCUGGGCUGAGGACGUGCCGCAAGGUAAAUAUUUCCGAAAUACAUCAUAUCGAUAUUCUGACUCAGUAUUACAGAGGAAAAAUGAAAGCAAUCUAUUUCCAAAGCAGAAAGCACCUUUUGUGGGUUUAAAUCACAGCUCAACUGCAUAUUCUAAUGGGCACUUUGGAUCUCAGAGAACCACGUCUAUUGGAAAUACUGCCAGAAGAGGGUUCCUGGCCCCGGGGACUUCUGGCUCAGCCACUACCUGGCACAAAGAUGUCUAUGAGAAAACUGUCAACAGUCAAACCAAUUCCCAAACUUUCUCUCCAACCCCAGGUCUUGUAAGAAAUACCAAUGCUCAAGUGAGAACAUUUCCUCAUAGAGCAAAAACUGAAGGUACAAGGGAUGCCCCCGUGUACUUAAUCAAAGGUUCCACUGCCAUGCAGGUGUCGCACAGAGAUCACUGGGAUGAUGUGAUAGCAGAUACCUCAGACAGCACUCGGGCAAAUGAGAGGACCAUCAUUUUGGGAAAGAAAAUAGAAGCAAAAGCCACAAGGGAGCAAGAGAGCGACAGAUCGGGAGCCAUCAAAAUGAAACCAGAAGAGAAAAUAUUUGAUUCUAAAGAGAAAGCCUCAGAGGAAAGAAACCUAAGAUGGGAAGAACUGACAAAGUUGGAUAAAGAAACAAGAAAGAGAGAAAGCCAGCAGAUGAAGGAGCGGGCCGAAGGGCAGGAAUCACUGAAGGAGAAGAAUGUGAAAGAAAGGGAGAUACCCGUUAGGCUAGAAGUGCCCCGGGGCAGCAGAUCAGAGGUGUCCCCCAAAGACAUACAGACACCCGGAAAGAAGGAUGCUGGUGACAGCCAGGGUACCAAGGCAGUAACCAGAGAGACCAAGUUCAAGCUGGACACUAGCAACAUUGCCGGUCCUCUGCAGGGCGACGCCAUGACAGAAACCAUAGCCGAAAACAUCGUUACCAGCAUCCUGAAGCAGUUUUCCCAGUCUCCCGAAGGGGAAGCAUCUGCCAACUCUUUCCCAGAUACAAAAGUCACUUACAUGGACAGGAAAGAGCUUCCGGGUGAAAGGACAACCAAGACAGAGAUAGUCGUGGAGUCGAAACUGACGGAAGAUAUCGAUGUUUCUGAUGAAGCCAGUCUAGACUACCUUUUAAGCAAGGAUGUCAGGGAAGUGGGGCUGAAAGGGAAAUCAGCAGAGCAGAUGAUAGGGGACAUAAUCAACCUUGGUAUGAAAGGAAGAGAAGGGACGGCAAAGGUCGUCAAUGUGGAGAUCAUGGAGGAGCCCAUGAGCUAUGCAGGAGGCAGGAAGACAGAGGAGGUCUCCACCCCCUUUCAGGUGGAGGAGGUUGACGAUGUGUCUCCAGGCUCCAGGGGGCUUGUUGAGGGCGAGGAAGGUGACCGAGUGGGCCGUGUCAUAUUCUCAGUUAAUCAGCAUCAAAGGACCAAGCAACCUCGGGAGAACAUGACUCAUGUGGAGGAAGUGACGGAAGCAGGUGACUCGGAAGGGGAGCAGAGCUAUUUUGUGUCGACUCCAGAUGAGCUCCCGGGGGGCUGUGACGGAGAGGAUGAAGGCUCGGUGUACGGGCAGAUCCACAUCGAAGAAGAGUCCACCAUCAGGUACUCCUGGCAAGAUGAAAUCGUGCAGGGGACUUGGAGGAGGAGAAAGAGGGACGACGCGGCGGCAGAGAGGGAUGUGAAGGACAUAGAUGUUCCAGCAUGUUCUCUGGGGGGCGACAUGGGCUCUGCCCAUUGGAAGGAGGAAGCUAGUGGUGAAUUUCAUGCUGAGCCCACGGUCAUUGAGAAAGAAAUCAAAAUACCACACGAAUUGCACACGUCCAUCAGGGGCACCUUCUCCAAGGAGCCCAGAGAGCAGCUGGCAGAGGUCAUCGGGAAGCUGGAGGAAACCCUCCCAGAGCGCAUGAAGGUAGAGCUGUCCACCCUGACCAGAGAGGGCCCGGGCGAGCCAGGGAGCGUCUCAGUUGACGUGAAGAAACUCCAGACCACUGGUGGCAGUUCCGUGACCCUCGUUGCUGAGGUCAACCUCUCCCAAACCGUGGAUGCUGAUCAGUUAGAUCUGGAGGAGCUGAGCAGAGACGAAGCCGGUGAGAUAGAGAAAGCGGUAGAGUCGGUGGUACGCGAGAGCUUGACCAAGCAACACGGCCAGGCCCCUGGGAGCCCGGACAGGGAAGAUGGCGGCGUUUCCUUCAAGCGCUGGGCCACCAGGGAACUGUAUGAUGCUGCUGGAGAGAGGGAUGAUGCCAGCCAGGCCUCUGGCAGCCCGGAAGAGCCCACUGCCCAGGGCCCACUGUCGGCCACGGUGGAGAUCAGCAGCCCGAGGGGCUUCAUGCAGUCGCACGUGCUGGAGGACGUAAGCCAGUCCGUGAGGCACGUUAGACUGGGCCCCACUGCAGUCUGGAGGACUGAGCAAGUCUCCCACGGCGGACCCACUGCCGAGGUAGGGGAGGUAAGUGAGGACCAAAGCCAGGCAGCUAGCAUUCGAGGAGCCAGCUGGCCUGUGAGGCACUUUACCGUGGGUCCCAGUCAAAGCAAAGUGUCCACAGAACUCGUCUUCCAAGGCCCUGUCUCUGCCUGGCAGGAGGCAGGGGGCAUAGAAGAGCCCCGCCUGGCAGAGCUGUCCGCAGACACUGACAGACUGGGGAGACACAGCACAUUCGGUGCCAAACAGUUUCAUGCUGAAAAGGAAAUUAGUUUUCAGGGCCCUGUGUCUGGGGCAGUGAGGGCCAGUGAUUAUUUUGCAACUGAAGAGCCAGUGAGUACCCAGCUUUCUGUAAGGCAUCUCCAGUUAAGCCCAAAAGAAGGGUUCAGGGAACAAAUCCAGUUCAUAGUGCCCCCCACAGACAAAGCAGAAGGGGGCACCAGAGGGGGUUCUGUGCACACUGAAGAGCUGCCAGGGCCCAGUGACAUCGGGCCUCAGGGGCAUCAAGCCACUGAGCAGGUGUUUUCCCAGUCCAUGGGGUUCAGCAACUCAGAAGGCACUGUGCACUCAGGGGGCUCCACAGUUGUGACCCAGGCCACUCACAGCUACACUUCUGGUAGGAAAAUCCUCAGUACUGAAAAAAUCACAUUCCAGAGGGUGGCUUCUGAAUCAUCCCCAGAGCAUAAUGCAGAGGACAUGUCAAGGGCAGAAAUGACAUCAGGCACUAGCAGAUCCUUCAGGCACAUUCAGCUAGGGCCUACGGAGACCAGAACCUCAGAACACAUUGUCAUCCAUGGACCCAUGUCCAAGACAUUGGCACUCGCUGGUUCAGAGAAGCCCCCUGUGCUAGGUGAGCCAGGGGACAGCAGCAGAACCCUGAGACACCUUGCCCUGGGGCCCAAAGCAACUUCCUUUACCUUUCAGAUGGAUGUGAGUAGCAGAAAGGCCUCCCCCACCUGGACACAAGAGGCAGGGACGGAAGCGGAAACUCACAGUGUGUCUGACCAUGGCGCCAGGAGAGAUGCUGGCACUAGGAAGGACUGGGCAGCUGGCGUGAGCUCUCAGGCCUCUGCUGCGGAUGGAGUGCAGGCCCACGGCAAGGAGGGCACGGAGCAAGCUGGGUUUGAUAAGACGGUGCAGCUGCAGAGAAUGGUAGACCAAAGGUCGGUGAUUUCAGAUGAGAAGAAGGUUGCUCUCCUCUAUCUAGACAGUGAGGAGGAGGAGAGUGAUGGACAAUGGUUUUGACAAGCAGAAUUAUUUCAUCUUAAGUAGCAUCCUACUUGGCAACAACCAACAGAAGGCCUUAAUUUAUGGAGUAAGGGAUGCUCAUCUCAAAGCUUCCCCUCUUUUACUUUUGUUAGAGAACUCCAGGCAGUGUUAAUAUACUUGAACCUGUAAAGGUUUCGGGUUAAUUUGUGCCUUUAAAGGCUUGGGAGUUUUCUUUUUGAGUUGUGACUUCUACAAAACCACUUUUUAUCUUUUUAGUCUUAAAAAGUUCCCUUUUCUGAAGUUUUCUCUCCAUUUAUGGAGGCGAUUUCUACCAGUUUUGCACCUGGUCACAAACAUGGCUUGCAUCCAUUUAAACCUAUGCUUAAUUACCAACUGGCAAGAUGCUUAAACACUAACCAGAUUAAAAUAGUAUAUUUAAGAAUAGAUUUUGUGUGCAUGUGCUAAUAUGAAAUAACAAAUUAAAAUACAUUUUUCUCUUUUUGGAGUCUUUUCAAGACUCCAUAUUAAAAAAAUUCUAAAUGAUUUCAUCCUUAGGGAAAAAUUCCUUGCUAGAGAGUGAAAUUCCUUUCAGUGCUUGAAUGAAUUGCUUUCUAUGUGUAGAACUUUAAAGAAUUCAGUGUCUUAUUUAUGGAGAGGAAUUCCAAUCAGUGUGCCUGCUAUGUCUGCACAGGUUUCCCUGCACUGGACCCACAGGUUGGGGGAAAUGAAGAUCAGGAAUUGCUUACCAGUACCAUUUCUUUUGUGUGGUGCUAGGUCAUAGUAGUGCUUAGUCUGACUAUUCUGUUUCAUUACCACCUAAGCUCUGGAGCAGCCAGCUCCUGUCAGAACCCGUAUCCUUGAGCCUCUCUGUGCCUUCGCCCUUAGCAGCAGGAUCCUCAGUUUCACUGGUGGGAAGCAGAUCCUCCAGACAGCGAACUCGGACUGCACUGAACUGGCACGUUGGUCGUGGCAGGAAAA